AUGGCCUCGGCUCUCGGCGCCAGCACCAUGCAGUCGUCCUUCAUGGGCGCCGGCCUCCGCGCCCGCGGCGGCGCGUUCACCGCGCGCGUCUCCGCGCCGCGCAGCGUCGCCGUGCGCGCCGGCUUCAACAACAUGGUCAAGCUCGGCGGCGGCAAGAAGUGGGAGCGGCAGGAGCUGACGCCCAACGGCAAGCCGGUCAAGAUCACCAUGCACGUCAAGAAGGGCGACAUCGUGCAGGUGAUCGCCGGCGACGACAAGGGCGCGGUGGGCGAGGUGGAGAAGGUGCUGACUAAGCGGGGCCUGGUGGUGAUCAAGGGCGUCAACAUUAAGACCCGCAACGUGAAGCCGAGGAGCAAGGACGAGCAGGGGCAGCAGAAGAAGGUUGAGUCGCCCGUCCACCACUCCAACGUGAUGCACUACUCCCAGGCCAAGGGCGUGCGCAGCCGCAUCGGAUACAAGGUCCAGCCUGACGGCAGCAAGGUGCGCUACCUCCUCAAGACCGGGGAGGAGCUGCCCAACAAGCCCCUCGAGAAGGCCACCCCCCCGGCGGCCGACGGCGGCGCGGCGCCGAGCGCCUAG